GCUGGAGGGAGCUCUACGAUUAAGCCGAGCAGCUUGGCACACAGUCCCAAGUCGUCAGAUGAGAGCGACGGAAGCCCUGGAGCAUCGAGCGAGGCCUCAACUAUGUGGUGGGCACAGCCACGACGACCGGCGGAAGAGCACGGCGACUGGGCCGAGUGUGUGGCAGACGUGAUUCCUCGUUUAGGAGACAGCUGCGUCGCGGUCCAAAAGGUUGCAUCCGAGGCAAUAAAAUUCCUUUUGCAGCGUAGUGAGG